UCAUGGGGGCCCUUCAGCAGCCUGCGUGCUAAUGGGUGGGGCUAUGUCCCUUCCCAGCCUGCUGCUCGGCCCCAGGCGGUCAGAUCCAGUGCAAACCGGUUGGUGGGUGGGGCCUGGACCCACACUAAUAUAAGCUGGAGAGAGGGCUCUGAAACGGUGUUUACCACUUCCAGCGUUCUCGUGGUGGGGCGAGCUCCUACAAGUGGCUGCCGACAGUCCCCGGGGUGAGUCCCAACUGCCUCCUGCCUCUCCAAGAGCGUCUCCUGAGAAACAGGAAACAUCCAGAGGCGCACGCGCGCUCGCUCCGCCAGCCUUCCGUCGCCCGCCGGCGCCCCCUGUCGGCAGAGUCAAACUGUGGGCUGCAGAACCGCGGUCCUAAAGUCACACCGCGGAGGGGAAGAAGGCGGGAUUUGCAGCUGAGAGAUAACCGCUUAAUCCCCCACUCAGUGAUCAGAAAUGAGUGAACAAUCAGGAAACAACAAUUCCAUGCAAGAGAGACCUGCAGGUCAAAAUUCUCCUGAGAAAAAUGACCAGAUCACACAGAAGCAACUGGCAGCUCCGUAUGAAGGAUUUGUUUCAGAACCGUUUGGUUUUGAGAGGGUGGCCGAGUUGUGUCUAUCUGUUCCCGGCUGCACCGGGCCUUCGCUGCAGCACGUGGGCUUUCUCCGUCGCAGCACGCCACAGGGCCGGGCCCCUCAGGCAUGCCUUCUCUCGUCGGGAGCGCAGGCGCUGCGGUGCUCGGGCCUCGGGCGCUGUGACUGGCAGGCUGAGUCGCCCCGCAUUCUGAAGGGUGCCUGGGUCAUCUUUAGGGUUCUGCUUCUUCAGAACAAAAGGAGCUCAUUUAGGCAGAUUGCUAGCGCCAUUCUUCUCCUCUGCAGAGGCAAGAAAUACGACCAAAGCGGCAGGCUCAUCUGCAACGACGCGGACCUGUGCGACUGUCUGGAGAAGAACUGCCUGGGCUGCUUCUACCCCUGCCCGAAGUGCAACUCCAACAAGUGCGGGCCGGAGUGCCGCUGCAACCGCCGCUGGGUCUACGAUGCCAUCGUCACCGAGGCCGGGGAGGUCAUCAGCGAGCAGCCGUUUGACAUUCCCGACUAGGACGCGGCCCUGCAGGCUGAUCAGUUUUCUCUUGUUUGCUUAAGGUUAAGCCAGCCUCUGUCUCCUGGGUGAAUUUUAGGACUGGGGGAAACAGUGUUUAAAAACGUAGCUUAAGACUCCUGUUCUCUGAAGCCACAGAGCUGUGUGGAACGGCCCGCCUUCUCCGGCCUUCCUGCUGUGAUAUCUCGGUUCCUCCCCUGGUAGCCCAGGAGUGAGCCCUGGGGUGGUUAUGAGCACCAGCACCUCCACCACUGCUCUGCGCUCAGAUUAAAAGUCCCUUUCCCCUUUGCUGGUGCUUUAGGAGACAGAGUGUUAGGGUUUUCAGAAUUCUGUAGCUUAGAGCUUGUCUUGACAUGCAACGUAGAGUCACACAUUCGUGAUAAGUUAGUUACCCUUAGGCUCUUGCACAUCCCCAGUUCUCGAUCACUGCUUUUUGGAUUGACGUGACACUGCAUACCCAAUCUCGUUUUUUGUUGUUACUGUUUUAAUAAUAAUAAAACAAAAUCUGGUAAUACUUGGCAA